GUUCUGACUGUGUGCUUCCUGUUUGAUGCAGAUGUCCAGCUGCUGGUGGUGGUUAAAGAAGAGCUUCUCCCUGACCAGCAGGAGUUGAGCACCAGUCUGGACCAGGAGGACCCAGAGCCCCCCCCACACAUUAAGCAGGAACAGGAGGAACUCAGGAUCAGUCAGGAGGGAGAGCAGCUUCAGGAUCUGGAGGAGGCUGAUAUCAUCAAGUCCACUUUCACUCCUGACCCUGUGAAGAGUGAAGAUGAUAAAGAGAAACCUCAGUCCUCACAGCCUCAUCAAAGACAAACUGAACACAUGGAAACAGAAGCUGAUGGAGAUGACUGUCGAGGACCAGAACCAGCCAGGAACUCAGAUCCAGAGAGCAGUUUACACCCAAAGACUGGAGACUCUUCUGAACCUGACACUGAAGACAGUGCUGAUUGGAAGGAGACCAGAGAACCUGCGUCAGGCUCAAACUCACUGAAACAUGAAAAAGAAUCUGUAAGUGAUUCAAGCCGUAGUGCUGUAAAGAAACAAUUUAGCUGCUCUAUGUGUACGAAAUAUUUUACAAAUACAAGAAAUGUAAAGAAACACAUGAGAAUCCACACAGGAGAGAAACCCUUUAGCUGCUCAGUUUGUACCAAAUAUUUUGCAGAGAAUAGAGAUUUAAAUCGACACAUGAGAAUCCACACUGGAGAGAAACCACACAGCUGCUCAGUUUGUAAGAAAUCUUUUUCACAGAGUGGACAUUUAAAGGAACACAUGAGAGUCCACACAGCAGAGAAACCAUUUAGCUGCUCAGUUUGUAAGAAAGCUUUUGCAGAGAAUAGAGAUUUAAAUCGACACAUGAGAAUCCACACAGGAGAGAAACCACACAGCUGCUCAGUCUGUAAGAAAGCUUUUGCAGAGACUAGACAUUUAAAGGGACACAUGAGAAUCCACACAGGAGAGAAACCACACAGCUGCUCAUUUUUUAUUACUGUGUGUUUCCUGUUUCCUGCAGACGUCCAGCUGCUGGUGGAGGUUAAAGAAGAGGUUCUCCCUGACCAGCAGGAGUGGAUUACCAAUCUGGACCAGGAGGACCCAGAGCCCCCCCACCACAUUAAGCAGGAACAGGAGGAACUCAGGAUCAGUCAGGAGGGAGAGCAGCUUCAGGAGCUGGAGGAGGCUGAUAUCACCAAGUCCACUUUCACUCCUGACCCUGUGAAGAGUGAAGAUGAUGAAGAGAAACCUCAGUCCUCUCAGCCUCAUCAAAGACAAACUGAACACAUGAAAACAGAAGCUGAUGGAGAUGACUGUCGAGGACCAGAACCAGCCAGGAACUCAGAUCCAGAGAGCAGUUUACAACCAAAGACUGCUGACACUGGAGACUCUUCUGAACCUGACACUGAACACAGUGCUGAUUGGAAGGAGACCAGAGAACCUGCGUCAGGCUCAAACUCACUGACAAACAGACAAGAGUCUGUCAGUGUUUCAAGCUGUAGUGCUGUAAAGAAACAAUUUGGCUGCUCCGUGUGUACGAAAUAUUUUACAUAUGCAAGAGAUGUAAACCUACACAUGAGAAUCCACACAGGAGAGAAACCCUUUAGCUGCUCAGUUUGUACUAAAUAUUUUGCAUUGAGUGAAAAUUUAAAAAAACACAUGAGAAUCCACACAGGAGAGCAACCAUACAGAUGCUCAGUCUGUAAGAAAGCUUUUUCACAGAGUGGAAAUUUAAAGAAACACAUGAGAAUCCACACAGGAGAGAAACCAUACAGAUGCUCAGUCUGUAAGAAAGCUUUUUCACAGGGUGGAGGUUUAAAGAUACACAUGAGAAUCCACACAGGAGAGGAAAUAUACAGCUGCAAUGUUUGUGACAAAAAAUUUAAAUGGCGUAAUCGUUUGAAAAGACACAAGUGUGUUGGUCGUCAGUCCACAUGGCUUAAUGAAAUUCAAACUGAGGAUAACAGAGAGGCAGAACCUCCAAUCAGCAGCUCAGCUGAACACAUGGAAACAGAAGCUGAUGGAGAGGACAAUGAAUAAGUCUUAUGACAUUUCACACCAUGGAUGUAUAAUAAGAACUGGAUACAGCGUCGGAGACGGAGUCUUGUUCUUUCCUAUGAGAGCUGCUCAUUGGCAAAUGAAGGCAAAAGGGCCCACCUUUUGAGAGAGCGAAACAUCACAGAUUACCCGUCAUGCCUGGCUGUCAGAGCAGAAGUACCCAUAUGUGCGCUCAUAGAGCAUGCGCAGUCGAGUUGCCCCUUAAGCCCCGCCCCCCGAGCUCCCACUCUCGGCUCACUAGAAUGAAUGAAUGAAGAGAGAAAAUAAAUCUAGAUUUGGCUUUUAGUGCAUUUUACAACUUUAAGGACCGAAUGAUUCUAAUAAGGGCUAUCAAAUAGUUCACUGGGUAGUUUAUUUAUUUUAAAAAAAAAACUUCCACCGAUUUACAGAGGUCUCUUUCCCCAUGUUAGUUAAUGGGAAAAAGUUGUUUUGGGCCGGGUAACGUCACGGACUGAUACGGAAGUUGCAGUACUGCUGUUUGGACACAACAAAUAUUGGGCACAGCGUCCGCUGCACUUCCUGGGGGCUUGGUUCACACAUGAGAAAAAUCUGCCUGACUGGAUUAACAUUGUUGUACAACAUCCAUAUAAGACUUAAAUGAACUCCAUCUUUAUCAACAUAAGUGGACAAUAUGUUUAAUGUUUUUGUCAUACUGAUUUUCUGAUGUAUACGUUAACCACUGACUGUUGAUGAACCAUUUUCUUUUUGAUUGAAGGCUCCAAGUUUCCAUAUAGAGAUAUAGGAUGAUUCGAUGUAUUGUUCUUUAUUUCUAAAUGUUUUGUAUCAUUGCUAUCCUGUUAGUGAGCCCUGUUUUACAUAAAUAUACCUAUUAUCUGAUUGGUUUUGCUUCUGUAACUGUAAGGGAAUACAUUUGCCUAUUUUGUAUCCUAAUGACCUAAUGCCGUUACAUGUAAUACGUUACUCCCUAAGCCUGAUUUCACCCACCUGCAACCGAUUUCGCUAAUAAUCACAAAUGUUCAUUUCUUUGAACCCUUAACUCUGCUAUUUCUUGUUUAAUAAUCGUUACAUCUCCUCAGGACCAAGUUCCCGUGUCCUGCCUUUCACCUGCUCAUCACCCACUGCUCAUUUAAGGUGGACUGACCUUUACAAUGGACCAGCUAGUCUUAGUCUCUCAAUGCAAAUGUUUUCUGUUUCUGUUGGGUUGUCUGCUCUCUGCAAGACGGUGUCUGGACUCAAAAAUGUUCAUGAAAUGAGAGUUUCACUCUGUUUUUGUUGUCCAAAUGACGCCAACAGAGCGAUACGUCUGGUCAAAGCUGUAUCUUUUUAAGCAAUUCACUCACUUUUUUGCAGCACAACAUUUGCUUCAUUAUGGCAAUCAAUUUCUAAAAGAAAUAAUGAAUGUAUAGACUCUUCCACUUCCACUCUCACUUCUGGUGUCUCAGCAUUUGUACAUAUGUUCUAUUUCUAUUUUUAAGGUCAUAUCCCUGCAGCUCUGCCAUUUCUCUCUCUGGUGUCACAACUGUCCACUAGAGAGCGCCGCAGCUCCUGAGAUGUAACACUGAUGCUGCAGAAAGCUUUCUUACUGCUGUUGAAUACAUUCCAGUAAGUUCAAACAUAUUAUUAAUGCCACUAUUUAAAGAAGAUCUGUUUUUUUAUGCCACCCGUUAUGCCAUUUUAAAUCAACACAGUGCCCUCUUCUGAAGGAAUGAACGUCCCACAUGCUGUUUCCCUUUGUGGAGAUUUUAUUUUGUGCUUAUCUUAAGAAGCUGUUUGAUCUCAGUAUAUUAUUCUUAAAAAACUGUGCAAUAGUUUUUGUUGACAUUUUGUCUUAAGAAAAUAACUUGUACUCUUUGAUGCUGAAAUGUGCUUUGCCUUAGUUUCAAGAAAAUGAAAGGUAUAAACAAACGAACAGUGUGUGACGGGCUCCUUCCCUCUUAGUCUUCUUCCCCAUUUAUAAAUAGAUAUCACGUCCACUUCAUGACACCUACUGAACAAUUUCAUAACAGCUGUUUAUAUCCUAAAGCAGCAGUGGUGGUGGAUAGUAACUAAGUACAUUUACUCAGUUACUGACAUUUUUUUAGGUCAUUUACUUUUCCUGCUACUUUAUACUUAUAAUCAAAUAACUGUUCAUGUAUAAUUAUAGAGCUGUAUUGGCCCCUAUGGGAAAUGUACAAGUUACCCUGCAGUAUAUAAAGGUACACUUGCUUCCUAUUUAUCAGAGGCAACAUUUGAGCAUUAAAGGAUUACGAUUUAUAAUUGUAAAGUAUAACAUAAUACGUUUUUCUGAUACUUUUACAAAUAUAAGUAUAAUUUGACGACCUAAGGACAAAGUAUUCAGCACUUUAACUUAAAUAAAAAUAGUAAUACCACAGUGUGUAGAAAUGAUCAACACAAAACAAAUAAGUCCAACAUUUCAAUGUGAUAAACACAUGAAUGCAUCAAUGAUUAUAAUCAAAACGUAUCAUAUAUAUUAUUUUGAAAUGGGUCGAUCUGCAUAUUGAAUACUUUUACUUUUGGUACUUUAACUAUAUUUUGAUGAUAAUUGUCAUGGAUAUUUUAAACUCGUUAAUACUGUAAAGAUGUACAAUGAGAGUAAUCAAUAAUAAACUGGUGAAAGCAAA